AUGGUACUCCUGCUGGGCUCUCUGUUACUUUGGGUGAUGAUGCCCACCACCACCUACAGGCAGAAGUGGCUCCCCCGCAUCCGCGCCUCCACAAAUUCUACUUUGUUUGGAGCUCAAGGUGCGAUCCUUCUGAUUUACUCAUUCCCCGUUCUUCUCAUUUCUGUCUUGGGCUGCUUUUACGUUCAUCUGGGCGCCAACAAAUUGAAGAACCAUUCUCAUAUUAUAUGCAGGAAUGGGAGAUCAGCAGGAAGACGAGAGCGUUUAGGCAUGCUAAUGAAACGAGCGGUGGCGGUGAAAGGGCCACUGGGGAUAGUGUCGUGGACAGAGGGAGCCUUCCUCACUAUGUUCAUCGCCCUUCUCCUUUGGUCCUUCUCUACUUAUCUCAACAUCAGCUUCGCCACCAUCACCCCUUCCUCUGCUGCCAAGAUGGGCCAAAAACUGUGGGAAGCAAAGUUGAAGAGUGCAGCUUUGAGGUUAGGGCUGGUGGGAAACAUAUGCCUAUCGGUGCUGUUUUUUCCGGUGACGAGGGGGUCGUCGGUGUUGCCGGUGUUCGGGCUGACGUCGGAGGGGAGCAUAAAAUACCAUGUUUGGAUUGGCCACAUCACUCUCAUCCUCUUCACUGCUCAUGGACUUUGCUUCAUCAUUUAUUGGGCACUCACUCAUCAGUUAUCAAAGAUGCUAGAAUGGGGUAAAACAAAAGAAUCAAAUGUGGCCGGAGAGCUAGCCUUGCUGGCUGGAUUGGCCAUGUGGUUGACAACCUUCCCUCGCAUUAGGCGAAAGCUAUUUGAGCUCUUCUUUUACACCCAUUACCUAUACAUUCUCUUCGUAUUUUUCUUCAUUCUUCAUGUUGGCAUUGGUUAUUCUUGCAUCAUGCUUCCGGGCUUCUACCUCUUCUUGCUUGAUCGCUUCUUGCGAUUCUUGCAAUCGCGACAACGAGUUCGGUUAGUGUCUGUUCGCCUUCUUCCGUGCGAAACAUUGGAGCUCAACUUCUCCAAAAGUCUAGGUUUGCAAUAUACUCCAACCAGCAUCAUGUUUAUAAAUGUUCCAAACAUUUCCAAGCUGCAGUGGCAUCCUUUUACAGUCACUUCUAACAGUAAUUUGGAGCCAGAAAGGCUAAGUAUUGUUAUUAAAGGUGAAGGAAGCUGGUCCCAAAAGCUUUACCAAAUGCUUUCAUCUCCUUCGUCAAUUGAUAACAAUCAUCUUGAUGUCUCCAUUGAGGGACCUUAUGGCCCAGCUUCAACUCAUUUUCAAAGGCAUGACACUCUUGUGUUAGUGAGUGGAGGUAGUGGCAUAACCCCUUUCAUCUCCAUCAUUCGGGAACUCAUCUUCGCGAGCACUAUCAUGAAGCUCAAGACUCCGAAGGUUCUCCUCAUUUGCGCGUUCAAGAACUCAUCUAGUCUCACAAUGCUAGACCUCCUCCUCCCUAUUACUGCAAGCCCUUCCCAACUUUCCAAUCUGCAGCUGCAAAUUGAGGCCUAUGUAACAAGAGAGAAAGAACCCAAAACAACCCCAACAACAGAAAGUCAAAAUCUCAUUCGAACGACAUGGUUUAACCCAAAUCCAUCGGAUGCGCCGGUUUCUUCCAUUUUAGGCCCAAACCACUGGCUCUGGCUUGGCGCAAUCAUAUCAUCAUCCUUCGUCAGCUUCCUCCUCUUAAUGGGAGUUAUCACUCGCUACUACAUUUACCCAAUUGACCACAGCCUCACCAAGACUAACCCGGCCUCCCCAAGAGCUCUUUUAAAUAUGCUGUGCAUAUGCAUCUGUAUAGCCAUGACAGCUAGUGCAGCUGUUCUCUGGAACAAGAAGCAAAAUGCAAAGAAACAGGGGAUGACUCAGAGCAUGGAUGUACCAUCCCCAUUGGUGUCACAAGGAUCAUGGUUCUAUAAUGCUGACAGAGAACUGGAAAGCCUCCCAUAUCAGUCUCUUGUUCAAUCAACCAUAGUUCACUAUGGUGAAAGACCAGACUUAAAGAGAAUGAUAUUAGGGUGCGGUGGAUCCAGUGUUGGAGUUCUUGCUUCUGGACCUAAGAAGUUGAGACGGGAGGUUGCAGCCAUCUGCUCUUCUGGUUUUGCAGACAACCUGCUUUUUGAGUCCAUUAGCUUUAGUUGGUAG